GUCCUAGUAUGCGAGAAUUUGAGAGGAAAUCAUAUGGUCAUUCGAAACAGAUGACAUGUUUUGGAUGUCUCAAAAUUGAAUUUAGAUGAAUCCUCGAAAAAAGUUCUUUUUAUUCCACUUUUUCAAAAUUCAUUUUCUGAGGAGCCAUUGUUAAUUCAAUUGAUCUAGCCUCAAUCUCUGCACAAAGAUCAUACCAAGAGAAGACUACUCUGGUGAUAGCUUCAACGAUAGGACUAUAGUAGCAUGGCGAUUGAAUCCUGCUACAUCUAAACUUGUUUUGGUAGAGUAUUCAAAUCCAAUUUGAGACGAAUCCUCGAAAAAUAUUCGUUUUAUCUCACUUUUUCCAAAUUCAUUUCCUGAGGAGCCACUGUUAAUCGAAUUGAUUCAGCUUCAACUUCUUGAUCAUAGAGAUGAGCGGCAUAGCGGGCGCAGUAGGCUUCGCUGGCAGAAGCAAGCAGCAACGUGUGGAUGUAUUGUUAAUGCGGGAUCCUCCUGCGACAUCGAGUUCCAGCACAAAAUCUUCCUUCUCUGGUUCUACUUCGCCAGCCUCAAGGACACAGUCGCAGAGCACUGCUUCUUCAUCGUCAUUAAGAUUGAUUUAGCAGAAUAGAUUCCGCCCAUCAGAUUCUUGCAUGUAACUACAAAGUGAACACAAUUUCACUGACCGGUUCUGCGAAGAUGGUCCGCACUCAAAACAGUUCUAAUGUCAUCAACAUCCAAGAAAGGAGAAGCUGACAAGCCAGGUACGACUGGCAAAGUAGAUGCGACCAAGAAAAAAGAGGAAGAGGGCUUAGAUUAAGGGUAGUGUAUCACUAUCCCAUGUGGAAUAUGCUGAGUGGAGUCGGUCCUCCUUUUAUAUUUUUAGGGGCAACAUGGGGCAAAGAGGGCAACCCACUCGCGUCGGGGUAGUGAAAAGCUACCUUUAAGUAGAAGAGCUGGAGACUUUUCUAGCACAGCAGAUAGCAUCGCACCGACUGAUAGCUCGCCCGGUUGCCCUGUGCUAUGCACUUCUGGCGCUUUUCUGCGGUGCGUGGGGCGGGUUCAUAGGGUAUCAGAUUUGUAACUUUUGGAUAAGUACAGGGAUAGUAAAGUUAUCACGUCUUCAUUCACUUUUGGAAUUUUAUUUCACAUGCACAUGCUUUUCCUCUUCAAGACUAGCUUGCAGUAUUUUGAAUCGGUGUUGAUUAAGUACAUAUAGAAGACAAACUGAAAGUGAAAUUGUUUUUUACCAGAAAAAACUAACUGAAACUCAGGUCAAGGCUCGGUAUAGGGGAGAAGUUUGCUGCUUCACUAGGGCAAAUUCCUUGGUUCAAUAGAUCCUCAUGGGGGUCAGAGUCGUGUGUCCGCGAGGACGUCGUGCUACGGAAGCUGAGAUCUGUGAUAGGCAGUUUAGCAAAUCUCUCUCACCAAGAGCUGCUCUACAUGGAAGAUACGCUCUUUUAUGAUCCUGUAUGCCAGUAGGGUCGUGUCAUCUACUACAUCACUUGGCAGAUCUAGAUGUGAAGUUUUCUCAAAACCCUUCUUGAGGUUAUUAGUUAUAUACAUCAAUCAACCCAGGAAACUUUCGACAUCAAUUGCACUGCUUUUCCCCCUUGAAGAGCUAUAUUUAUCACCUUACCCACCUCGUGGAGAAGUGUAUCAUGUCUUUACACGCGCUCUUUUAGAACUGGGUAUAUCAUCAUCUAAAUUCUUCCAGAGGAGCCUGACGAGCCGAGCGGUGACGAUAAUGUUGAAGCAGAUGGUCGUUUGGUGAAUCCGAGUAGGGUUCAAAACGCAUUUACCGAGGACGACGAUAGUGGUGAUGCACUAGAAACGAGGCCUCCAUCUGCCGUCUCUAGAGUGAAGACAUCGUCAACAUCACUUAUGGGAACAAGUACUUUGUGCGAGAUUUAUUACAUCCCUCUACUUCAUCGGUUUACCAAUUUAAACAUGUCAUGUCCAGCAAGCCCAACAUCCAUCCGCCUCCAAUUCUAUUCCUCUUCGUAUAUUGAUCCAAAGUUCUAGUGCAGGGGUUAGUUCACUAAACGACCCACAAUCUAGUCCUCUCAUCAUCAUUAUUGUAUUGCAGUGUGCUGUACUUAGUUUUCGGUGCGGCCUGGCCGCGGUGCAGUUUACGCUCAACCUUAACCUUACAACUUUUUGUAUCAUCGUGAUCGCCCUGUGUCGUUGUCGAGGAUCAUCAUCAUUUUGAAUGUCUAAUUGUUGUACAUUGCUCAACUUUUUCACAAUCGAGGAGUCCCUCUAAAUCACGCAAAAAGGCAAGGGAUCCAUCUGGAUCAAGUGGAGCACGAGCCUCGAGCACACAGCAGGUGUCAAAGUCACAGUUAAGAGAUUCAGAAGAGAUUCAGAAGAAAUAGAAGUACCAAUAAACAAGUUUUUUUACGUAGUACCAAUCUACAAUUUUAUUGAAAGCAAUAGAGAGUACCUAUAUUAUAGCCACAAUACUAUGAGCUCCAAAAGAACGUCAAAAGGAUAACAGUAUCUUUUAUAUCAUCUAUAGCUUUCCUUGAACUUCUACUUACUUACUUGAUAUUGUAGGCAUAAGUACUAGCAUUGAUUAGCAAGGAGAAAAACUUAUGAUAUGGAGAUACUGCUUGUUCAUUUUCACGUGGAGGUCGUAACCGUGAGAGGGCAAUAGCAGCCGAGCGGGACUUCGAUAUGGAUGGUCCAACCUCAGUCCUACAAAAGAGCGCAGACAAGGGAGUCGAGAGUUUCAAGACGGCUGCAACGGGUAAAAUCCUCGAUCGGAUUUCCGAGAUAGCUCCCUCAAUCGGAAGACCUCGUGAAGGUGGAGAUGAAUGAUUCUCGAAAAAAUGAAUUUUUAUCGCCUGAUAAUUCCAGUUCAUUUCCUGACGAGAGCUUUCUUCUUCAUAACUGACGAAUCCUUGAAAGUUGUUGGGAUGAAUGAACAGGGCUCAUAUCCUUGCAAGAACUGAAAGAGAAAUGACUUCAUCCACGAUGACUCCAAGAGAUUGACUUUACAGGACAUACAAGAUGACGGAUCGAUGAUAAGUACAACAGUUGAGAUGGCUUCGCUACCGUAGGAUGUCACAAGGACUGAAUGGUUUCAGACUGACCGAUGGAGAAAAAAAGAAGAUCAAGAUUUAUGGCCUUGCAUAGAACUGGAUCAGAAUGAGACUGACAGGUAGAAAU